AUGAUUGGAAUAUUGAAUGCUGGCAGUGACGAAGUGGUGUUUUCUAGUCCAACGAGAUCGAACCUAUUCAAGGAUAAGUUAAGACGAUGUAAGUCCGUAAACUACUUACCAGACGGACGUUUUUACACAGAUGUGCAUCCACCGACCAAUCUUUCUGCGCUAACCAUGUGGGAAGAGCUCAUUCAACGAGGCGUUAACGCAGCAAAAAUUGACGAGGCGUUAAAGGAAGGUGAAGUGGAAGAGGCAGCUGAAAAAGACCAACUUCCAGCCGUGAUCACUGAGGAUGAAGAGGAAGGAAAAGAGAUCAAUGAAGACGUUCACUUCGGAAAUUGUGACGACGAUGACGACAAGGAAGACAGUGAUAAGACAGCGGAUGAAACUGAAUUUGCGAAAUUGCAGAAAUUAUUCAAGCAACAUUAUAAUUUCCAUUUUUGGCAUCAUCAUAAUACUAACACAAACACCAAUAAUAUUGCUCCUCAGCAUGUGUUUAGACGAAGAAGCGGUUCUAUAUAA